AUGGGCUCAAAAGAUGUAUUGAGGAAAAUUACGCACGUAAUUUUUGAUGUUGACGGGUUGCUAGUCGAUUCGGAAGGAAUUUAUACAACUGUGAAUGAAAAACUCCUCCAAAGCUAUGAUCGAAAAUUUACUAUGGAUAUGAAAAAUCACAUGAUGGGAAUGCGGAAAGCAGAUGCUGUGAAGUGGUUGCUUUCUACUGUUGGAUUAAUGGAUAAAGUAUCUGUCGAGGAAUAUGACAAAAGUUAUGAUCAUUUACUAGCCGCAGCAUUGCCGAAUUGUGAACUGAUGCCUGGUGCAUUACGUUUAGUUCGACAUUUAAAUGCUCAUAAUGUACCAAUCGCACUCUGUACUGGUUCAAAUAGUGUUGAGUUCAAUGCCAAAAUGAUAAAUCAUAAAGAACUUCUGGAACUCUUUCCUCUCCGUGUACUUAUCGGUGAUGAUAUGUCAAUAAAACGGAGUAAGCCAGCUCCAGAUGGAUUUCUUGCUGCAAUGAAUCUUUUUGCAAAAAGGCCUGCGGAAACUGCGAAUGUGCUUGUUUUUGAAGAUUCUGUUAAUGGUGUUCGAGCUGCUGUAGCAGCUGGCAUGAAUGUAAUAAUGGUACCAGACUUAACUAAUACCAAACCUCCUGAGGACUGCAUUGACAAAAUAGCAUAUGUUUUGAAAAGCUUAGAAGAUUUCAUACCCGAAAGUGUUGGUUUACCGCCAUAUUAG